CAAAAUUACCAUGGUUUUUAAUAUUAUAAUUGGAGUAGAAGGACAGAGGUGGUGGUGAUGGUGGUGAAUGGUGAUGGUUAUGGGUGGUGAAUGGUGAUGGUCAAAUAGAAAGAAAUUGAUUUUGGGAGAUGGGUGCUAGCUAAAAAGUUCGAGUCUUUUUGUGUUGCUCCAAAGGACAAUAACCGAAAGAAAUUAGAUACUUGCAUAGAGAAGGAAAUAAAGUAAGGAGUGAGCUUCUUUCUUUUUCUCUGUGUGUGUGUGAGAUUGAACGCAGUCUAACAUCAAUUCUCACUUCCUGUUUCUCUGUACAAAUCUCAAAAGCAUUUUAAGCAAAAGAUGAGACGGUGAAGAAGUUGAAAAUGGUGGGUUUUUGGUUUUGGGUGUUCGAUAAAGGAAGCUAGAUUCAAUCUUAAGGUCAUCUUUGAAGAUCUAUUGCUAGGUAAUUCCACUGAAUCAACAGUCCAUCAGUCAUCUUUAUCCGAAAGUUUAGGCUUGACAAUGGGGGUUCCGCACCAGCAGUUCCAUGGCUCCAAGAAGUUGACUUUUCAAUUUCAAGACCAGGAUUCUUCUUCAACUCAGUCAACUGGUCAAUCUUACCCAGAAGUAGCUAGCAUGGGAGAAGGAUUUAAUGAAAGUCAUGAGAAGGCUGAGGGAGGCCACGUUAAAUUAGUGUCACUAAUGGGAACUCAAGAUUUUAUCUUCCCUUCUCAAUUUGACUGUAGCCAAUCAGUUGCACGCGUUCCACUCCAUUUUACUGAACCAUACUUUGGUGGCUUACUAGCUGCUUAUGGGCCCCAAUCAAUGAUUCAUCACCCUCAGAUGUUUGGAAUGACUUCUGCUCGAGUGCCACUUCCUCCUGUAUUUACAGAAGAUGAACCCAUUUUUGUCAAUGCAAAACAGUAUGCUGCAAUCCUUAGGAGGAGAAGGUACCGUGCUAAGCUUGAGGCUCAAAAUAAGCUCAUUAAAGCUCGUAAGCCAUAUCUUCACGAGUCUCGGCAUCUUCACGCACUGAGGAGGGCUAGGGGUUCUGGAGGGCGGUUUCUUAAUGCGAAAAAGCUUGAGGAUUCUAAUCCUACUCCUGCAAGCCAUGGACUGGACGGCGCAGGCACACAAUUUCAUUUGGCUGGAAAUAUAUCAGAAUCUGAAGUCCAUCAUCCAGAAAAUCAUAGAGACGGCGCUUCCACCACAUCUUGCUCAGAUGUCACAAGUGCAUCGAACAGUGAUGACAUCUUCCAGCAGCAGACAGAAUUCAAAUUCUCAGGCUACCCUUCUCACUUUGUUGGGACCAUGCGAGGACGCUCAGUUGGUAUGCAUGGGGGUGGAAGCCAGCAUCAUGUCUCAGUCCUUCUGUGAGAGAAGAGACACACAACCCAUUUUAGCAGUAUGUGUUUGGCACCAGUCCGAAGGCACAGCUGCUAGUGUUCCCUUGGGAAGUCAUCCUUGGCUCAGUUAAUUCCUGCAACCGAAUUUUUAUUUGUUCCAUUGCUUGCAAUCUUAGAGAUUCUUAAGAACAAUCAGACUCAGUUGUGUUUUUAAGUUUGCUAUUUUCAUGGGUGAGGAUAAAUGUGAAUUGAUGUCAAAUUUAACAUAAUUUUCCUGUUUUGUUCUAGGACAACAUAUCUGCUUUUUGUUCA